AUGGAUAACAGAAGAAUUUCUGCAACAGCAAAAGGAAAAAGUAUUGCUCAGGAAACCUAUCAACCCCCAAGAAAAGAAAGAGUGCAAGUCCAAGCCCCCAAGAAUGAAUAUCUCCUGCAGAAACACUCCCUCACUUUAAUAGGACGAGUUACCAACCCUAGCUCCCAAAAAGUCCGAAACCUCUUGCCAUACUUCACAGAGAAAUGGAGCACGGAGUCGCGUCCUGUCGGCUCGGAUCUGGGACAAGGAAUGUUUCAAUUCCAAUUCGAGAGAGAAGAAGACCUUCUCAAGGUUCUAGAGAAGCGACCAUACAACUAUGCAAGAUGGAUGGUCAUUGUCCAGAGAUGGGAACCUACCACAUCCCCUGAGUUUCCAUCACUCAUCCCAUUCUGGAUCAAAGUACAAGGAGUGCCAGUUCACCUAUGGACUGAGGAGACAAUCAACACUGUGGGAAGAAAUAUAGGGGUGUAUGAAGAUGCGGAAAUCUCCUCCCUCAACUUCCGAAUGAGAGUCCAUAUAAAUGGGCGUCUCCCUCUCAUAACAAGCUCCAUCAUUGAGUACCCCAAUGGAGAUGAAGUGGUAGCAAAGCUAGUAUAUGAGAACUUAGAAAGACACUGCUCAAAAUGCUUCAGACUCGACCACGAACUGCGAGACUGCCUUCAAGCAAAAGCAGAAAAGAAAGAGCGACUAAAGGAAACAGAAAGAUAUGAAGAGACCCAUCUUCGGACAGACAGCUCUCCAAGACGUCGGGAAAGAGAAGCUCAGCAUGUACCACGCCCUGACACUGACAGAGACAGGCGAACCAUCCCGGAGAACUCCAGGCACUUUGGAAAUGGACGUGAUAGCCAUAAAGAAGACUGGAACACACGAAAUCCUAGGAUCCAGAACGAGAUUGAGCGCCACCGCUCUGAAGUGAAACAAACUCACUGGCACAUACAACAAUAUCAGGCUCGCCACCAAUCAAACUCGCGAGAAUUCUCGAGAGCAAGAACUUCCCACACCUCGGUGUACAGAGAAGUAAGCAAACAAGGCAGACCCAGAUCAAACUCACCCACCAGGGAGUAUACUCGGGACAAGACCCCAUCAAAACAACGAGAGGAAAGAGGAGGGUCCCGAGCUGAGUCAAGCGACUCAAAGGAGCCACUUAGAAACUCGGAUAGAGGGAUUCCUCUCCGUAGUACUCAGAUGGAGCUACCUAGAGAAGCAGUGGAGGAAGCUAUUGGGGAAAUACGUGAUGUUAUGAUACAAUACACAUCAUGUGCAGACCCGACAGAAAGCACAGCUAGUAAAGAACGCUUCAGGCAAGCGGAGGAACAAGGGCAAGUGGAAGAGACAGCGGUCAUAAUGGUGAGGGCUUCUCUAGCCACACAGCCAACAUAG